GUGGGAAGUAUAUAAAAGUUCAAUAUAAAAUAAGAAUAAGAUCUACCAUUCUUCGGGCAUUACUUUAUGGACAUUUUUGAAAAUGCAACUUGCAAAAUUAAUAGCCCAUUUAUUUGUUUACUUUCAUUCUACCCAAAGUUUUUCCAUAAAAGCUCCAACCUAUUUUGCUGAAAAUAAUGCCGAUAUAUCAAACUCAAGUGCGGUAGAAGUCGUGGUAAAUAAUGCCAUUACACAUUUACAAGAGACGGAAAAUCAGAAAUCUUCAACGAAUCCAGAAGAAAUCGGUGUGCACAUUGAAGGAGACAUAGUUCAAAAUACAAAAUUGUUUUCUAAAAAUGGUGUCGUUUCCAAAACGUAUCGUUGGCCAUAUGGUGUUAUACCGUACGAAAUUGCCGGAAGUUUUAAUCAACAUGAUUUGGAAAUAAUUCACUAUGCAAUUCUUAAUUUCCAUCUCAAAACUUGUGUGCGUUUUAUACCACGACGUUACAAUGAAACCGAUUACAUAUUGAUAAAUAAUGAAAAAUCCGGUUGCUGGUCAUAUGUCGGACGUCAGGGUGGACGGCAGAGAUUAAAUCUUGAAUCGCCCAUAUGUUUGAUCAAUCCCGGUACGGCAAUACAUGAACUAAUGCAUGUCUUGGGAUUUUUCCAUGAACAAAAUCGUCAGGAAAGAGAUUCGUUUGUCAAAAUUCUUUACGAAAAUAUCCGUGAAGGUUUGCAGAAUAAUUUCCGGAGAAGAUCUCGUACGGCAGCAUUUAAUGUGCCCUAUGAUUAUGCCAGUAUCAUGCAUUACUCGUCAACGGCAUUUUCACACAAUGGUCAACCGACCAUUGUGGCAAAGCAACCUGAAUAUAACAAUAUAAUGGGACAACGUUACGGUCUCUCAUCUUUGGAUAUUGUGAAAAUAAAUCGUAUGUACAACUGUUAUGGAGAUCUAAGAGCGGAAGAAAAACCAACGACUGUUGCUGAAAGUACUCCGCUAUCUAUAUUAAAACCUGAGUAA